AUGUCCAAGCCAAGCACCAUGCGAGCCGUCGUGCUCAAGGGCGACUACGAUAUCGUCGUCGAAGACCGUCCUUACCCACAACUCCAGGACCCGACCGACGCCAUCCUCAAGGUCUCCAGCACAGCCCUCUGCGGCAGCGACCUCCACUUCUACCGCGGUCACCUCAAAUGCCCACCCAACUUCAUCUGCGGGCACGAGUUUGUGGGUGAGAUUGUGGAGAAGGGCGAUGCUGUGAAGAAGUUCCACAUUGGUGACAAGGUCGUCGUACCCUUCUACACAGCCUGCGGCGACUGCUACUACUGCGUCCGCGGCCAAGCAUCCCGAUGCGCAAAAGGCGAACUCUUCGGCAACUCCGCGCCCGCCAACACCAUCGACGGCGGCCAAGCCGAAUACGUCCGCUGCCCACUCGCCGACACCACCUUCGUCAAGACCCCGGCCGGCAUUCCCGAAGAGAUGCUGGUCCUGAUGAGCGACGUAUUCCCGACGGGAUAUUUCUCCGCAGCGCGAUAUCUGAAAAAUCUGCCACAGCGCGACCGGGACGAGUAUACUGUUGCUUGCAUUGGGUGUGGACCGGUGGGGAUUUGCGCUAUUACGUGUGCAUUGACUAUGGUUAAGACGGUGUAUGCUAUUGAUACCGUGCCGGAGAGAUUGGAGCAGGCGAAGGCAUUGGGUGCGAUACCGAUCCAUUUGAACGACAACCCCGUGCAGAAGAUCAAGGAUGCAUCGGGUGGACGAGGCGCAGACGUGGUCAUGGAAGUUGUCGGCCACGCAGACGCCUGGAACAUGGGCCUUGAGAUGAUCAGACCCUGGGGCGCCAUCAGCUCCAUUGGCGUGCACACCGAAAAAUGGGAAGUCAACGGCCUCAUGCUCUACGGCAAAAACGUCAGCAUGGCCUUUGGCCGGUGCCCGGUCCGCUCCAUCUUCGAAGAAGCACUGGCCCUUCUUGUACAGGAACAGAAGAAAGUCGCAUUCCUGUGUGGGAAGACGAUGAGUAUUGAGGAGGCGCCGAAGGCGUAUAGGGAUUUUGAGCAGAGGAAGGUGCAUAAGAUUGUGUUUAAGAUGGGGAGUAAGGAGGAGGUGGGGGAGGUGGAGAUUAGGGCGAAUGCAUGA